GGCUGACACCGAGGCUAAAUAUUAAGUAUUACUGUUACAUAGCUUAAUUAAACCUUGCGAGUUGGACGCGAAUUUUGCGUAAAAGUUUCUUAUUUGUAAUUUUUACCGCUCUUUUUGAAACACUAUUAAAAAUGCAAAAGGUAAAUUCGUGCUGUUGUGUCUGUUCGCUAAAAACUGGAACUCUGAUUAUUCUCAUUCUUACUUCGAUUGGUGCACUUUUAAGAAUACGUGGAAGUUUCAGUGCUCCAGUUCAGAUUGAAAAUGUUAUCGCGUACAUUACUCUUCUGUGCAUUUCAAUCGUUGGCAUCUAUGCGGCUAUGCAGGAGAAACCGUUAUUUUUAAUACCUUACAUGGCGGUACAGCUGUGUAUCUUGGUAGGUCUGAUAAUUAUAAUGCUUGUUUACCUAAUUGUUGGCCCUGCUAUCGUCGUUUACUGUGUGGAACGCGCUGUUAAUCCGGAACAAAUGGAGAAACUGAAAAAAAGAGAUUGUCCUACUAUCAUCUCAGUGGAAGUUAUCUGCGGUAUCUUCGCUGCUCUUGGUUACUACUUUCUCAUCGUUGUGCUGAGUUUCUUCAAGACACUCCGAUCUGGAUCUCUGAAAUGAAGUUACCUACUCGAAAAAAUUUCCCAUUUACUUUUUAUACUUACACUCUAUUUGUGUUACUUGUAAGUGUUAUGCUAUAGAGACUAAAGUUGCUGGUGAUUAAAUUUUUUAAUUUUUCUUGGUUGAAUAUUUAGAUAAGUAUAUUUUUUAUAAGUAGGUAUAUUAACAUUACUUUUUUUGUAGGUUUAAUAUUUUUAAAAUUAGUUAUUUAAUUUUAAAUGUGUGUUACAAAUAAUUAGCUGUUGAGAAGAUGAUGGCGAUUUUUCUUACAAAUAUAGGUACCUACUUAUA